AUGGAGAUGUCCCGCCAGGCUGGCCAGUACCAGAGGAGGAACGGGCGAAUGGCAAAGGAGCCUUGGGCCCGCAGGCUGGUGGCCGCUUCCCGGGCGGAGCUUGUCAUUGAGAUCUCUGUGCGGAGAAAAAUGGGGGUGUGGGGCACCCUGUGCCUGACCCUACCAGGGCCCAACAACGUGUCAACGUUCGACAAGAUCUUUGCACAGAAGAUCGGGUACCUGCUCUUCCGAGACUUCGCCUUUAACCAGGCAGAGGAGGCCAAACCCCUGAUGGAGUUUUAUGAGGAGAUCAAGAAGUAUGAGAAGCUAGACUCGGAGGAAGAACGAGCCGCCCGGAGCCGUCACAUCUUCGACCAUUACAUCAUGAAGGAGCUGCUGGCCUGCUCCCACCCCUUCUCCAAGAGUGCCACGGAGCAUGUCCAGAGCCGCCUGAGCAAGAAGCAGGUGCCCCCAGACCUCUUCCAGCCUUACAUUGAGGAGAUCUGCCAGAACCUGCGUGGGGGCAUCUUCCAGAAAUUCAUCGAGAGUGACAAGUUCACGCGGUUCUGCCAGUGGAAGAACGUGGAGCUGAACAUCCAUCUCACCAUGAACGACUUCAGUGUGCACCGAAUCAUCGGCCGCGGCGGUUUCGGGGAAGUCUAUGGCUGCCGGAAAGCGGACACGGGCAAAAUGUACGCCAUGAAGUGUUUGGACAAGAAACGCAUCAAGAUGAAGCAGGGGGAGACCCUGGCCCUCAACGAGCGCAUCAUGUUGUCCCUCGUCAGCACCGGGGACUGCCCGUUCAUCGUGUGCAUGUCCUACGCCUUCCACACCCCCGACAAGCUCAGCUUCAUCCUCGACCUCAUGAAUGGGGGAGACCUGCAUUAUCACCUGUCCCAGCACGGCGUCUUCUCGGAGGCAGAGAUGAGGUUCUACGCGGCCGAGAUCAUCCUGGGGCUGGAGCACAUGCACAGCCGCUUCGUGGUCUACCGUGACCUCAAGCCGGCAAACAUCCUCCUGGACGAGUUCGGGCACGUCCGCAUCUCAGACCUGGGCCUGGCUUGCGACUUCUCCAAAAAGAAGCCCCAUGCCAGCGUGGGCACCCACGGGUACAUGGCUCCGGAGGUGCUGCAGAAAGGGGUGGCCUACGACAGCAGCGCCGACUGGUUCUCGCUGGGCUGCAUGCUCUUCAAACUGCUCCGGGGCCACCCACCUGCACAUGACAAGCACGAGAUCGACCGUAUGACCCUCACCAUGGCCGUGGAGCUGCCCGACUCCUUCUCCCCGGAGCUGCGUUCCCUGCUGGAGGGGCUGCUGCAGCGGGACGUCAACCGGCGCCUGGGCUGCAUGGGGCGCGGGGCUCAGGAGGUGAAGGAGGAGCCCUUCUUCAAAGGGCUGGAAUGUCAUAUGGUUUUUCUGCAGAAGGGUAGUGGCUACCCACCGCCCCUCAUCCCACCCCGCGGCGAGGUGAACGCGGCUGAUGCCUUCGACAUCGGCUCCUUCGAUGAGGAGGACACGAAGGGCAUCAAGCUACUGGAGAGCGACCAGGAGCUCUACCGCAACUUCCCCCUCACCAUCUCGGAGCGGUGGCAGCAGGAGGUGACCGAGACCGUCUUCGACGCCGUCAACGCCGACACCGACAAGCUGGAGGCUCGCAAGAAGGCCAAGAACAAGCAGUUGGGCCACGAGGAAGAGUACGCCAUGGGCAAGGACUGCAUCAUGCACGGCUACAUGGCCAAGCUGGGCAACCCCUUCCUGACGCAGUGGCAACGCCGCUACUUCUACCUCUUCCCCAACCGCCUGGAGUGGCGCGGGGAGGGCGAGUCGCCGCAGUCCCUGCUCACCAUGGAGGAGAUCGACUCGGUGGAGGAGACGCAGGUGAAGGAACGCAAGUGCAUCCUGCUCCGCAUCCGCGGCGGCAAGCAGUUCGUGCUGCAGUGCGACGUGAGUGUGCCCCUGGUCACCCCCUGGGGCUGGCCACCAUCCCCCUGGGGUCACUGGCCACCCCUACUGGGCGCUAGCCACCUCCUGUCCCUCGCUGGCCAUCUCCCCUGGGUGCCAGUCGCUCCUGUUGGGAGCGACAUUUGUGUGCUCUAG